AUGCGCGCCCCCGCUCUGCAUCACGCCCAGGCCGUGCGACCUCCAGUGCCGCCUCGUCUCCUCACUGCCGCCAAAUCGCAACCUCGCCUUCCCAUCUCCACAUCGCUGCCACAUCGCCGCCUCGCCACGUCGCUUCCACAUCGCGUCGUGGGGCGCCGCUCGCGAGCUCUCCGCGUCGCCGCCUCAUCACCGGCACACCGCCUCCUCGCCGCCUCGCCUCAAAGACGUGCCGCCUCCAGUUCGCCACCUGCUGCAUCGCCACAUGAAUCGCCCUCGCUUCCACCGCCGCCUCGCCGUUGCACUCAUUUUCCUCGAUCUGCCCCCUCCCUCCCCCCGUGUCCAAUCACCUCACCCCGCUACACGUGCUCCGUCAGCUCCCUCCGUACCCUCCCUUCCCUCUGUUUAGCUGUUCCCAUGCCGGGACUUUACCUCCCUUUUUUUUAUCACCUGCUUCCCAUCUUUGCCCCCCCUGGACACCUACGUUUUUCACCCUUCUUCCCCUCGUUUCCCCCCCUUGAUUACCCUCUUCCCCCCCCCCCCGCCCCUUCUUUCUCGUUUUUCCGCCCCUUCUUCCCCUCAUUUCCCCCCCUUCUUCCCAUCCUUUCCCCACCUGCUUAUGUGCAUCCGUGUGCAUGUUUGUGUGCCUGCAUCUAUGUGCAUGAAUGCUCCGUGAUUGCUUUCUAUACCCCUCUCUCCUCGGUCCCUCCGUCCCUCCCUCCUGCUUCCCUCGACCCUGUACCUCGUGCAUUCGUCUUCUAUCAUCCCUUCCUCCCCUCUAUCAUCCCUUCCUCCCCUCUAUCAUCCCUUCCUCCCCUCUAUCAUCCCUUCCUCCCCUCUAUCAUCCCUUCCUCCCCUCUAUCAUCCCUUCCUCCCCUCUAUCAUCCCUUCCUCCCCUCUAUCAUCCCUUCCUCCCCUCUAUCAUCCCUUCCUCCCCUCUAUCAUCCCUUCCUCCCCUCUAUCAUCCCUUCCUCCCCUCUAUCAUCCCUUCCUCCCCUCUAUCAUCCCUUCCUCCCCUCUAUCAUCCCUUCCUCCAUUCUAUCAUCCCUUCCUCCCCUCUAUCAUCCCUUCCUCCCCUCUAUCAAAAGAGAAAUGUUAUGA